AUGGUCAUGCCCAUUUCUGACUGUCCAUACGACUCUCUAAUCAACCAACUUUCAUGCCUGACCAAGCCCUUAUUUCGAGAACUGGACAUAAAGUACACACUCACCUACCACAUUUCCACCACUGCACCUCCCCAAGCUUGCCGACCGCGUCGCCGUUCUCCGGACAGUUCGAAGAUUGCCAUAGCAGAGUUCGAACACAUUUCUGAGCUCGGAAUCACCCGACAUCUUCGGGUAUCUUUCCUCUAUAAUGUUUCGAAGAAGACUGCUGAGAAUUAG